AUGCCUCCGAGGAUUCGCAUCUCAAAUCCAUUCGCCGAUCAACAACUGACUGACACCUUCGACGCCGCAGCCUCCGCGUCCCUCGUUUUAUGGAUGGCCUCCUCCGAAGUAGACCAGAAGGCCCUGGGCAAUUUCGCGGCCGUCAUGGCCCUCGAAAACCCGCUCCUCUCGGCCAUGCUAUAUAAAAUCCUCGGUCUAUCCGUGAUGCUGUCGAAGAAACUCCUCCGAGCACGCCGACUACGCCGACUCGACACCACCCGCGAAACCAAAUCGCUGCAGUUGUACUACCACAUCAUAUGGCUCUCAAGAGAAGGACUCUUGAUAUUAGAGGGCUAUAUCCUGCCAAUGGUAUCCCGCUUCGUCGAACUGAAGGUCCUCUCCUACAAACUUCGCGCAUCAUUCUACCACAUCUUCGUCCUCUUCCACAAUCGCCCCGUCAUCCAGCCGCCAGACGUGAAGCCGCCUUCAAGCAAAAAGUACGACUCAAUCUACGGCUCCGAAUCUAUCGCCGCACUAGGCAUGAAACCCUCUCCUGAACCGACAAAAACAUCCAUACCUCCGGGCCUUGCCCCGGUCCAACCACCCCAACCCGCCACAUCUUUCCUCCUUCCUCCACUUGACUACACCGCGACAGCAACAGCAUGCUUCAACCAUGCCGCACUGCUAGCCGACAAACUCCUCCCAGGCUCACAUCCCCUCCGCCUCUCCGUGAAACUGGAAUACGCCGCUUACCUCUACGACUGCCUACAGGACCCCAUCGCCUGCCGACGGCUCGCCAAACAUGCCAUUGCAGACGUCUACAAUGCCCAAGAAGGCAUGGAUGAUGAAAGCUUCGAAGACGCCGCCGAGAUCGUCGGCGUUCUAGGCAAAAUGGUGAAACGAAGCGGAAAGCCUGGGAGUAGUACGGCGGGCAGCAGUAUCUCACAAGGAGACUAUUCCCGAAGCCGAAGCAGUCGCAGUCCUUCGCAUCUGGACACGAGUGUCCCGACGACGGUGUCUCCGGUCCCGGUGACAAAGUCCACGCCCGUUAGUGGGAGUGCCGAGGCCCUGGCGCCGGUGCAGCCUGCGGUGCCGAAUGUGACCAUGAUGAAUCCGAUUUAA